AUGAAUUUAAGCAAUUUGAACUUUGCCGACAUGGAAAAGUCGGUCUACGGCGGGAACGUCGAGGAAGACGAGGAGUUGCUCGCCGAGCUGGCCGCCCUCCAAGAGGAGGAAAUGGGCGCAAGGAGGUUUCCUGAUUAUUUCCCUUAUCAGUGAUCAUUUCACGCUGGGAAUGAUAGUGUAUUCGUUAUAGGUUUCUAUGGAUUUUCGUCUUGAAAUCGAUGAAAAAAGCUGUUUUUUCCGUUUUGAAUGAAAUGUUUAUUUUAUUGAUUUUUUCUGUGUUCGUUUAACAUAAGGAAGCCCAUUUUCUGAUCUAUUCUGGUUUUUUUGACAUUAUACUUGUAAAAUAAAAAAAUUCCUGAAUUUUUGAAAGGAUCUUUCGGAAAAUUCUCCAAUUUUUUUAGAUUUUUGCCUGUCUUUUUUUCAAUGUUUUUUUCCCUUGAUGGAAUGAAAUAAUUUUUUUCAAUUUUUUUGGAAAUUUCAUGUUUAUUGAAUCCUCUUCCAGACCACCUGAGCCGACCAGACCGACAGGUCGUCCUGCAGCUGCACAACCUCCGCAACGAGGUCAGCCAAUAACUGAAAGAAAAAAAAUUUUGGAGGUUGAAAUAGAAUAUUAGUUCUAAAAGGAGUUAUUUCUUUUCAUUUUAGUUCUAGAUGGGAUUAUUUUUUUAUAAUAUUAAUAUUUUAGAAGUUUUUUUCCAGCGAUCCCUGGAUAAAUACCAGCCGGACAAUUUAUUUUAUUUACUAUAAACGUUUUGCGCGUCGCUUUUCAUGCAUCGCGUGCAUUGCGUACAACACAUUUUAUUUUCCGCCGUAUUGAUGGGUGUGGCGUCGAUUUGGUGUCGGGAAGUUAAAGUUAUAAAGAAACUUUUUGAAGGAUUUGAUAAGGACUUUGUAGUUUCAAGGGCAUAGGAAAAGUCGGAAAAGGUCGAGAAAUGUUCCUUUUUCUACCUUUUUGCCGCACGGCGACACCAAAUCGACGCCACGCCCACCAAAACAGCGGAAAAUAAAAUGUGUUUUACGCAGUGCACGCGAUGCAUAAAAAGCGACGCGCUAAAAGCGAGAUUGUACGUAUAUAGUGAAUAAAAUCAAUUUUCUGGCUGCUAUUCACCCAGGAUCGCCGGAAAAUUUUAUACAAUAUAAUUAUUUUAAAAAAUCCCAUCUAAAAACCAAAAUGCAGACAUAACCUCUUUUUAGAGCUAAUUUUCUAUUUCAACCUUCAAAAUUGUUUUCUGACCUCUAAACACUCGUGAAAAGCUCAAACAUACAAUAAAUUUUUCAAGAUUCGCUCUAGCCGCUGAGAAAAAUUGAGUUUAUGUCCCUUUUCAAGCCAAAUUUGUAAUCAUCGUUUUUCUAACAGUAUACUAAACUGAAAAAUGCAUGCUCGGUAGCAAUCGAAACAUGAGCGAGCCCUUUACAAUUCUAUGGCGGGGAUUUUCGUGAAACGCUCUAUAUUUAAAGAAAAACCCAAACAAAAUUUACCAAUCCAAAUCAAGAUCACGAAAAAAUGCGAAAAACAGCAAGCGCGCCCCGUCAGACGAGUGCGCGUGUGCGUCGCGUGGCGUUUUUUUUUUUACAUCAGUUUGCUUGCGUGGUGUCGCCGUGUGCCGCCAUUUUUACCACUUCUCCCUUUUUUCACCAUUUCCUGGGCUUUGAAAUCCAAGAAAAAGGAAGACUCGAUUUUAAAAAAAAUCCAUUUUGCGGCCUUUUUCUAGCCUCUACUCACCACUCCGACUUAAAAAUCAAAUCAAUUUCUUUCGAAGAUUCAUUUCCCCCAACAAUAAUUUUUCAGGUCCAAAAGCACCCGUUGGAGGCGUCCAAGCCGUCCCCGGCCUCGAUCCAAAAGCCUUGGCCGCCGCUUUGGCCGACGAUCCAGAAGACGUUGAUGAUGACGCCCUGGAGAUGGAUGACGAUUUGAUGGUUUUGAAAUAACUUAUUUCUGAAGCGAGUUGUUGAUUUCAGAACGAAUUAUCGGGUUUGGUAGGCGGAGAGGCGCCGGCGACCACGGCGGCGCCUCCUCUCCCGACGAAAGCUGGUCCGACGACAAAUCCGCAGAUCGCCCAGCUCCGACAGCUCCACAAAGCUUAUUCCGAAUGUGCGGCCCAGAGCGAGAAGGCUGGCGAGGGAGCGAAAGCUCGGAGGUUUGAGUCGUCUAGAAAAUUGAAAAAGGAUCAGGUUUUCAAAGGACUAGUAGAGAGGAGGAGUACAGACAAUUUUUUUAUUCAAAAUUCUCGACUAGAAAGCUGGCCAAAAAGACUUUAAGAAACCCUAAAAGCUGGCAAAAAAGACUCUAAGAAGAGAAGCGUCCUGAGGGAAGCCUAAGAAGCUGCAAAAACACCCUUAAAAGCUGGCGAAAAGGCCCUAAAAAUUUGGCGAAAAAUACCUCAAAAAGCUGGAAAAGAAACCUGAAAAGACUCUAAGAAGCAGGCUAAAGUCUUCAAAAAGCUGGUAGAAAGGGCCCUAAGAAGCUGCCAAAAGAGAUUUCAAAUAACUGGCAAAAAAAGCCUAGAAAGCUGGCAAAAAGGCCCCAAAGAGCUCCUAAAAAAAGACCCCAAAAAUCUGGCAAAAAAAACCCCUUUUAAGGUAGAUAAAAAGACCUCGAAAAUUUUUCCGAGGGGACUCCACGAAGUCACCAAAAAGGCUCCCAGGAAGCUCCCGAAAAGCUCCUAAAAAACCCCAAAAAGCUACCAAAAAAACCCCAAAAAGCUGGUAAAAGAGACUCUGAAAAGAUACCUAAAAGACCCUAAAAAGGUACCUAAAAAAACUCUGAAAAGCUUCCAAAAAAGACCUUGAGAAGCUUUCCGAGGGGACUCUAAGAAGUCACCAAAAAGACCCCUAGGAAGCUCCGAAAAAGCUUCUAAAAAGACCCUAAAAAACUGCCAAAAAAGCCCUAAAAAUAUUCCUAAGAGAACUCUAAGAAACUACCAGAAAAGCCCUAAGAAGCUUCCUGAAAGGACUCCAAGAAGCUUCCAAAAUAGACCAUUAAAAUAUUCCUUAGGGGACCCUAAUUAGCUGCCGAAAAAUCUUGAAAAGCUUUCUAAGAGACUCCAAAAAUCUGUCAUAAACGACUCGGCUAAAAAGUCACCUAAAAAGCAAAUUUACUCAUGAAAUAAUUAUAUCUUUGAACGGAAGGCUGUAGAAAAAAAAUUUUUUGUGAUAAAGAAAGUUUUUUUUUUCAUUGUGAGCUCUAAAUUUUGAGGUACAAAAGGACGGUGGAGAAGUUGGUUGAACUGAUUUCGAGCGCCGAACGCGGGAAGACAAUCAUGCCGGGCGAGAUUCCAGUUCCACCUCCGAAUUUUCAGGUAUUCAUCGUUCUAUACUUCUCCAGAAUGACUCGCUUCUCUGUACCCUCUUUUCCCUCGUCUUUUGGGCUGUUUUCCUAUUUCUAUGGCCUCGGUGGCGAGAGAGAAGAGAGCGCAGACAGGUCAGACUUUUUUGAGCCGUUGUGAAUAAACUAUUAGUAAAAUCAAUCAAAAAGCGCAAAAUUCUCAUUUCUCUGCGCCCUCUUUAUCCCAGUGAUCAUUUCCUAUUUUUCUGACCUCACCGGUGAGAGAAAAGAGAGCGCAGACAAGUCAUACUCCUCCAAGACGUUGCGAAUGAACUUCCCUGAUUUUGAGGCCAAACCAACAACGGAUACCACUGAAACAGCUCAUCCAGCUCACCAUGCUCCAGCUCCAUCACUCCGAGAAGCCGCCGCUGCGCCAGAACCGACGACAGCCCCGCCGCCACUCCCAGCGCGCGGAGAAUCGCGAACAGCCCCUCAAGUGGCCCCUUCACGUCAGCCUCCGCCGAUCCCCAGCCGGACAGCCUCGUCCUCUUCUCAAUCCUCGGCGGCGGUCCCUCGCGAUGACAAAAAGGAGAAAUUCCGAGCCAUCCUGCAGCAUCGGAGGGAUCUCUACGUGGCCAAUGGAAAGGUGAUUUCAGGUUUUUCCACUUAAGGGAUCACUAAGAACUAGAGUGGUCCCCCAAGGGGAGGAAAUUUCAAGUUCUGAAGGAUACGAGAAGUUUUUCCAGGCUGCCAUUGCUGCCAAGGACAAAAUGGCCGCCAAGGAAGCCGUCACGACGGCCAAGGCGUUCGAUGAAGCCUUGGCGGCCUUGGAUACGGUAUCGGCCGAUGAUUUGGACUUGAACGAGAUCCCGCCCAGCCCGCAGCCUUACAGGUCGAGAUGAACUUCAUUUUUCGUAAUGGGAGGUCCUUGGAAGGAUGUCACAGAGCGUCCCGGUCGCGUUGCAGUUGGAACAGGCUCUACAGCCAGCUUCAUAGUAGAUUUUAGUGCAUUUGCGCGCAAGUUGUUUCUGGUCGGGUGCAUUUCAAACAAGCUGUUUCGAAGUCGCUUCACGUCGAGCCAUUCCAAUUGCGACCAUGAGCUUUGACAGAGAUGGACACCUUGUUGCGGUUGUAUUAGGAUCUACAGCCGGCUUUUAUAGAUUCAGUGCGUUAGAGCGUAAGCCGUUUAGGGUCCGGCGCGUCUUGAAGUAACCGAUUCUCAGCCGUCACAUGUCAAGGCAUUCCAAAUGCGUCUGUAGGACCCCAAAUGCAUUGAAGCUCUGACACAGAAGGUCUCCUGGAAGACAGUGGUCGCAUUCAGAAUGGCCUGAAGCGUCGCGGUCGCGUUGCGGCCUAAAUAGGCUUUACAGGCGACUUUUAUAGAUUUUAGUGCAAAAGUCGUUUAAAGUCGGGCUUUGCGAAAGUCGUUUAAAGUCGGGCGCGUUUAAAGAAGCCGCUACACUUCAAGCGAUUCCAAAUGCAACCAUGGGGCUCUAGAAUGGAUUGAUCACAUCUUGAGCCAUUCCCAAUGCGACCAGGUGGAUCCAGAAUCGCGAUGAGGAUCUUUGACACGAAAGGCCAUUGGUCGCAUUCAGAAUGGCCUGAAGCGUCGCGGUCGCGUUGCGGCUGAAAUAGGCUCUAAAUCCGACUUUUAUGUAUUUCAGUGCAUUUGUGCGAAAGUCGUUUUAGGUCGGGCGCGUAAUAAAGGAGCUGCUUUUUAGCCGUUAACUACCCAAACAAGUUUAGCAUCAAUUUAUUCUUGAUUUGACUUCAGAAAGGCAAUGGACGCCCCGGGAUCUUCAGCCCCUUCAGCUCCACCUCCAGCUCAGCCCAGAGCUGCUCCAGCUCCUGCGGCAGCUCCAAAGAAGCCGGCGACCUUCAUCGAAGCUUUACAACAACGACAGGCGAAAUACCUGGAAAUGGCCGAGAAGGCGAAACGUGAGGGCAAUGAUCGGAAACACAGGUGAGAAAUGGGGAAAAAUGGAGUUUCUGUAGGGUUUUUGAGGAAAUUGGGUUUUUCUGUGAUUCACGAAGGUUUUUUGGGACUGAAAACUGUUUUUAAAUGUAUUUUGGCCAUUUUUGACUGUUUUUGAAGAGGAUUUUACUGAAAUUUGACUACAAAAAAAUUCAAAAAAAUGGUAUUUUUUUCAAAAAAAUUGCAAUGAGAAGCUUGAUAAUUAAAGAUCAAAAUUUGAAAAUAAAAAGUCAAAAAAAUUGAAGAUUUCAUGAUUUUUUGAAAAAAAUUUCGGUUCAAUAUUGAGUUUUUUUAAGUUCUAAGAGUAAUUUUGAGAAGUUUUUCGAAGAUAUUUUUCAAAAAAAUUAACUACAAAAAAAUUGAUGAAAAAAAUUGGAAAAUUCUACUGAAAACGAUCUUUUUUUGUGUUUCUCAGUAGUGGAACGUCCAGGGAUUCUCAUUUUUUUGGACGAUUUUUCAGGAUUUUUUACUUCUUUCAUUCGAAAAACAUGUGUUUAAAAUACAAAAUGAACAGAUUAAUAGAAUACAUACAGGGGCAAAGUCCAAAAGGUCUGUAAAAGGCCUCAAAAGCGCAUUUUUUCGACCUUUUUUCCGAAAAGGACCUUUUAAGGAGGUGUAAAAAAAGAAGGCCGAAAAAAGGAGGUUCCGAGAAAUUUUUGACACUUUUUCAGAAACUCAAAAAAGAGCUUAAAAAUACAGAAAACAGAAUAUUCAAGCUAACUUUUCUGAUAUUUAGGAUGAACUCCCGUUUGGCUGGGCAAUAUGGAGAUGCUGUGAAAGAGGCAAAAGCCGGCCGACCCGUGGACAUCAGUGAACUGCCCCCGGCCACCCCUGACAUGCCGCCCCUGCCACCUCAGACGGCUGGAGCUCCUCCGAAAGCUGGACCAGCUCCUGGAAGUUAGUUGGAGCUUCCAGAAACAAUGAGUUUGAAGAAUUCUUCGAAGUUUUCGGGCAAAAAAAGGCUAAAAAUUGAUUCGGGCGAAAAUAGGGCAAAAAAUGACGCAAGCAAACAACGCGCGAAGAAAUAGUUAGGGUUAGUUGGAGCUCCCAACUCAAAGAAUAAGAUUAAGGAAUCCUUCAAAGUUUUCGGGCGAAAAUCGGGCUUAAAAGGGUUCGGGCAAAAAACGGGCAAAAUGAAAUGGAAAAGAGGGCGAAAAUAGGGCAAAAAAAAAUGACUCAGGCAAAAAACGGGCAAAAAAUGGGGGAACUUUAUUCAGGGUUAGUUGGAGCUCCCAAGUCGAAAAAUAAGAUUAAAGUAUCUUUCGAAAUUUUCGGGCGAAAUUCGGGCAAAAAACGGGCAACAAACACUGAUGAAACUUUUUUUAAGGAUACUUCAGGGCCUCCUCAGGGCUGCCAUGGGGCGACCCGACCGUUGAAAACAAGUAGAAAUGAAGUGAAUGGAUGACAAACAAGCUGGAGAAUUAUAAGAACUUAGUAUCCAAUUUUAGUGAAACCCCCACCGGCCGUCGGUCCUCUGGCCCCUUCUGGAGUCGAGGGGAAGUCCCGGAACUCCAACCAACUGGAGUUUCUACUUCAACGCCAGGAGGAGUUCAAGCAGGCGGCGAUCCAUGCCAAAACUCGUGGGGAUAUUGAAACGGCGAAGAAAUAUCUUCUUGAGGCCAAGGUUGGUACAAAAAAAAAUGUUUUCAUUUUUCAACUCGUUCUUCAUUCCCAGGGCUUCGACAAGAUGAUCCAAGCGGCCCGAGCGGGACUCCCGGUCUCCAUCAAACAGACACCGAUACCGCCACAAGCCCACACGGCCUCGGCCACCCUCCAGCCACGGAUCCAGCCUUCCAGCACCAGUGUCAGCGGUGUUGAAGGUAUUAUUUUUAGUUUCAUUCUGAAGUAUAAACAUCCUGCAAAUAUAUACUAAAACGUUGGGUUGGUUGGGGCAUUCCGAAUUUUUUUUGGUACUUCAAAAAGUCAACUUCUUCUUUUUACGCCUUGAGCGGCGUCGGCGCCCAAAGUCGAUUAGCCGAGGUCCUAUCCUGAUAAUCAGUGAACUGGCUCCAGUGACAUAUCCGUCUUUGUGUGUGACGGCUGGGGAUUAUGAAGCGUACCAAUAUUUCUUAAACCCCUUGGUUGGGUCGAGGCGAGGAUCGAACUUGUGACCCUGUGGGCCGAGUACAGGCACUCAAUCUGUUGCGCUACGGCGCGCCCUGGUACUUCAAGAAGUGUUCUGAUCAAUUUUCAGAGGUUUAUAGCUGAUUCACGGCUGGCUUGAGCCAUCGGAAAAAGGGUCCUGACACGAUAAUGCACGAGAUAGUGCCUGGAUCGUGGAGAGCGCAAAGAGACCACGCCCCUUAGCGUCCCAAGCUAACCGUGAAUCAGCUAUACCUAGGGUCCGCAAGCCAUUUCUUCAGAACGAUUCAAAAAAUAUGUUUUUUACAUUGUUCGAUAGAGGAGACUGUCCAUUUUCAUAAUCCGUUUAGUUUUUGAAAAAAGGUUCACUAAGAAAAAAGUUAUGGCCAAAAAACGAGCGCGCGCGGCGUACAACUGGAGGCAAAAUCUCACGGUUUACCCGCUGCCGCACGCUUUCUUUUUAAAUGUUUUUGCGCGUUUCUGGACCGUUUUUUUAAAUCGGUUUUUCUGCUCUGAGAGGUUGUCCGAACUGAGCCUCAUGUUUUGGUAUGAAUCUUUUGUACAAUCCUCAUAAGAAUUUUUUUGAUAAAAUAUCAAAAAAACUACCUAGAAAAAAAAGGUCAAAGGGAUUUUUUUCAGCUUAUUUUUUUCUUUUUUUCUACUCAGAAAAAAAUUAUUAUCAUUCGAUUUGGAAAAAAAGAAAAAAAUGAAAAAAAUAAUGUUAUUUCGAAAUAAAACAGGAAAAAAAGUACAAUUUGACUCCGAAAAACGGCUCCUGCGACAUUUAAAAAGGGCGCAUCGGUGUGUUUGACGCAAACACUGCUACGGACACUUGCACGAAAUCUUCCGAAAUUUCAAAAAAAUUGCCAUUUUUUUCGAGGUUUUUCAAAGCCGUUAUUUUUUUCGCGUCGAUCGAUUUUUUUCAUAAUUUUUUUCAUUGAUAGAGUUUUUGAACGCUUAAUAACAUAAUCAAAAAAAUAUAGACGCGAUCCUAUUCUCUCAUGCGUCAACGAGGCAGACGAAAAAAAGGAGGUUUUGGUAAAACUCAAAUAUAAUUUGAUUCGCUGUCCCAAUAAUUAUUUUUCAUUUUGAAUUUUUUUAUUUUUUUGGACACACUGUUAGUUUUUUUAAAUCAAAUAAAAAGUAUACCAUGUCGCUGAAAUUUUUUUCCGCAUUUCAGCUUCAAAGUUUGGUGUCACUUUACAAGCUUUUAAUAUUUUUUUCGCGUCGGUAGAUUUUUUUCAUUUUCACUCAAAAAAAUAAAGAAAGUGUUAAUGUAUAACAUACUAAAAAAAUUUAGAAGCGUUCCUCACUUGGUUUUUCUGAAACGCGACGAUUUUUGUGAAACUUGUCAGUUUCUUUCGUGUUAAAUCUUACUUUUUUUCGCUUAUUUUUUUGAAGAAUACAUAGUUUUUAAAAAAAUAUUCAGUCUUGUAGAGCGUUGUCGAUUACAUAGAUUAACAGAAACAGUUCAUUUUUUUAAAGUGGGACUUUAGCUAGUAUAAACGCCUCAAAACCGUUUUUGCAACAAAAAAAUCGUCAUUUUGGUGGCGUGAAGGGGCGGGGCUUUGCGCCCCCUAGCUAUACCAGCUGCAAAGUAAAAUGACCCUUCUAGUAAAGUUUUUUCAUGAUUUUCUUAUUGAGAUUGAAUCCGAAAAACAUUGUCUGUGAUUUUUUCAAGCUUGGCUAGACGGUCAGAAACAUUCAUUUUUAAGUACCACUUUUCGGACUUUCAGAGGCGGGGUGAUCAAAUCCAUCGUUUUCGUGCAUUUCCUCAAAAUACAGAUUAUUGAUUUGAAUUAAAUACAAGCCAAAUGCGUCUAAAUUGAAAACGAAGAACAGGUGGUAUGAAAAAAACACCAGCGAAAAUUCAAACGGCGACUUUUCCGAUUUUUUCAUAUCGCUAGGGAACUUUCCGAAGAAUCUUUUUUUCCGACUUUUUUUCUCGAUAAAAUCUUCGUUUUAAAUUUUCCUAUAUAAAGUAGGUAGUUGGUUCAUGAUUAAAACACAAAGACAUAGGAAAAAAAAGUAAAUAGUUGUCUUAUAAACCGAAAAAAAUAUAAAGGAAAAAAGUCGGAAAAAAUUUCGUCGGAAAGGUGGCCGUCGGAAAUUUCCCUAGCGAAAAAUCGGAAAAGUCGCCGUUUGAAUUUGCGCUGGUGUUCUUUUCAUACCACCGAAGAACAUUUGAAAAUUUCAUUUUUUGUAAUUUUUUCUUUAUUUAACUGGAACAAAAAAGGAAAGUAAUACAACUUUUUUUGCUCAGAUUUUCAUCGGAACUAGGCGAAAAACUGUCUACAUGUACUGAAAUCACAUCUUGAAAGCCUCAACCUGUAAACCUUUUUAUUUUUCAUGCGCAUCAAGGCCAAAAAAAUCGUAAUUUUUAAAUCGUAAUUUUUUUCGUGAUUUUUUUCGUGAAAAAAAUCGUAAUUUUUUUCCAGGAAGAGGCGAGAGAUUGGCCCUGAUGGAAAAGACGUUGAUCGAACAAGUCCGUCUGGCCGAAACCAAUCAGAUGCGUUUCACAAGGCUUGGAGACGUUGGAAAGGUAGAAAAAAAUCGAUAAUUAAGAGGAUUUUUGUACGAGAAUUUAAAAAGUAUGGUGGAAAAAUAUGUGGUUUUUGGGGAAAAUAGUAGUUUUUCAAUAGCUACUAUUGAAAAAGAGCUUUUAAGGGUCAAUAAAAGAUCUUUUUCACUUUCUUUACUUGAAAAAAAAAAUUAGAAAGGUUCCAGAGGACUCAAAAAGGGUCCCCUAAGGAAGACCUUUUCUCGAACCUUUUUGAAGCCUUUUCGGAACCUUUUCAGCUCCUCUGAGGGUUCUCACAAGGAAGUUAAUUCCACUCAAAGGUUGGAGUUCUUCUAAAAAUUGGCCAGAACUUUCCUUGGUGCACCAGAAGAAGAUUCUGCAAGUCUCAACCUGCACAACUUCCCAGGUCUCAAGGAAUAAGGGUCUAACAUGGAAGGUCAUUUUUGCGUAGGGUUGGGAAUUUUCUAUAAACUUGGUCAAACAAUCUUUGAUGAACUGGGAAUCGAUCCCGCAUAGUCGCUAUCUGCGCAAACUUUUUGUUUUGGAGAUAUGAUUUUUCAAAGAUUUUGUCCUAAAACACGUGACACUGUUCGGAAGGAAUAUGUCCGCAGCACAAGUCAUUGCAUGGCAGCUAGGAGCGUGGUGCAAUGGCUAGCGCGGUAGCCUGCGAACCCUAUGAUGAAGGUUCGAAUCUUUUUGCGGUUAUCGUUUUUUGCCAUUACUUUUUUGACGGAGUAUGAUGAACAUGUCGAAAUUUCAUAACUGAGAACGUUCCAAAAUCGUUCGACGGCCAUUUUCUUCCAAAAAUAAUUUUUUUGACAAUAAUUUUUUUUUGAAAUUUUUUUGAAGUUAUGACCGACAAUCACAUCAUCAGAUACUUUUUUUUUUGAAGAACAUCACACACCAUUUAAAAGAAGCGUUAAAACUUUAUCAAAGACCUUGGCACGCUCUGGUUGAGAUAAAUAAGAGUUUGGUUUGCCUUUUUUUCUACGGAAAAGUCCAUACGAAAUAUGAAUAAAUACCUGGCAAACGAGCUUAAUUGAAAAAAAUUUUUCUUCAAUUCUCCUUUUUUUAUUUCAAUAAAAGUGAUGUUCUUCAAAAUUUCGUUUUCCAAAAGGUUUUUUUGCAAAUAAAUUCGAAGAAAAAAUAUUUUUUGAUGAUGUGAAGCAUGCCGCAACUUCAAAAAAGUUAUUUUUGGAAGAAAAUAGCCGUCGAACAAUUUUGGAACGUUUUCAGUCAUGAAAUUUCGACAUGUUCAUCAUAUUCCGUCAAAAAAGUAAUGGCAAUAAACGAUAGCCGCAAAAAGAUUCGAACCUUCAUCAUAGGGUUCGCAGGCUACCGCGCUAGCCAUUGCACCACGCUCCUAGCUGCCAUGCAAUGACUUGUGCUGCGGACACAUUCCUUCCGAACAGUGUCACGUGUUUAAGGACGAAAACUUUGAAAAAUCAUAUCUCCAAAACGAAAAGUUUGCGCAGAUAGCGACUAUGCGGGAUCGAUUCCCAGUUUAUCAAAGAUUGUUUGACCAAGUUUAUAGAAAAUUCCAAACCCUACGCAAAAAUGAACUUCCAUGUAAAGCCUCAAAAUAGCUCAUUUUAAUGGAUUUUAAGCGUUUUCUUUGAAACGUAUCUCAAAAACUAGGAAGUUGUGUAGGUUUAAGACUUUCAGAAUCUUUUUCUGGUACAUCAAGGAGUGUUUUGGGCAGUUCUCAGAAAAAUCUCAACCGCAAAGUAAAAUGACCUAACCUGUCAAAGGAACUUAUUUUAUCUAUGUUUACCGUUUCUCGGAUAGUUUUUUUCUAAACGAUUUAUAAUAUUAUAAUCGUUUUGUUUGGGAUUACUAGGUAUUCUGAAGUUUUAAUCUUCGGCACACGACAAGAGCGAGUUUUCCAUUUGCGGGGAGUACUGUAUGCGCAUUGCGUGCAUACACUUUGUGUAUUUACACUUUCGUUGCGUGACGUCACCGGGUUUUUUUUUUCCGAGUUUUUUUUCGAUUAUUUUUCAACAAUUUCUUGGUUUUGUAAGAUUUGCAUUUCUCUCGAUGAUAUUGCACGAUAAAAAACAGUACCAAGAAAAAAAAAUUGAAAAAUAUUCGAAAAAAAAAACUCGGAAACAAAAAACCCGGAGAUCUCCAACCCGGUGACGUCACGCAACAAAAGUGUAAACACGCGAAGUGUAUGCGCAUAUCCGCAUACAGUAAUCCUCGAAAAUGGAAAAACUCGCUCUUGUAGUAGCACCUGUUCUACGAAGCGUUUUACAACAAUAAUAUCGCUCAAGCUUGUCCUUUUCUCUCGAAAAAUCAAUUAGUUUACCGUUUCUUGACGGGUUUUAAAAUCUUGAAUUUGGUUUAUCCUUAAUUAUAAAUCGCAUUGCAUCCAUUUUCGAUUUUUUUUUUCUGAUUUUCAUAAUUUUCAAGAUUUUAUCAUAAUUUUCAAAUAAAAUGAAAUAUCAAAUGAAAAGAUCUUGAUUUUGAAGAGUUACUAUUCGAUAAUUUCAGGUCCGCCUAUUCGAAACUUGGGCCAAAGCUUCCAAACAAGACUUGUUGCUAGUUCGCGCCGUCGCACAGGGUGGACACAAUGUUCCCAAGUUCGUUUUAGGAAAAAUUAAGCGAUGAAAAAAUAGGCAAAGUCGGGAAAAGUUCAUAAAAAUGUUCCUUUUUGCGCCAUUUCAUUGGCUGUUAUUCACCAUUUUUGCAGCCUCUCUCUUUUUUAAAAUUUCUUGAGUCUUUAAAAUCGCAGAAAAAAUGGAAGGUUCGAUAAAGGGACCUUUUUUGCUGCCUUUUUGAGGCCUUUUUGCAGCCUUUUUGCGGCCUUUUUGCAGCCUUUUUGCGACCUUUUUGCGGCUUUUUUUUGAGCCUCUCUCUUUCAGCGGCCAUUAUCCACCAUUCCGACCCGAUAAAAGACAUGAAAAUCGCCCGAAAAUUACCUUUUUCUUGAAGAUUCCACUACGAAAUGCGACAAAUCCCGUCGGCCGACAUGUUUCCCGACCUGGCUGAAGACGUGAUCGAGCUCAAAAUCAGCGGUUGUCGGUAAGAAAAAAAAAAGUUGAAUAUUUAAUCAAUAUGUUAAGAACCGUUAAAGGAAAAUUAUUUUUUUGCGUUUAAUGACUCAAAAACUUUUUUUGAAGCUUUUUUUCAAGAUUUAUUAACUUCUAACUCACAAAAACGGCCUUUUUUUCUGAAACUGAAAGCCCGUUUUUUUCAGAUCAAAAAAAUAAUCUUUUGGUUCAUUUUUUUCUGGUCCUUGUGCGCUCUAUGGAGAUUUACUUAAAUUCUAUAUUACUCCCUUAGAAUUAUUUUUAGGGCUUUCGAAUCGAUUUCGAGUCAUUAGAAUAAGUAUAGUAGUUGGUCUAGAAAUAGCCAUAUGAAAUUAAUUUAGGAUGAAUACUUUAGCAAAAAAUAUUUAUCGAACUCAGACUUGAGAACGGUUACCGGAAGGGUCUGUUGGGUAAAAAAGUUAGAACUUUCACUUUACUGUUUUAGGGUUUCUUGAUAAUACAAAAUAUUUCGGUGCACGUAAUGGGUGUGACGUGAGGGAAAUACUCAACUAACAAGGGAACUUUUUUUGCCCCGCCCCCAAUUAUUCGAAGUGGCCAUUUUUUGAAAAUUUCAAAGUUUUUCCUGUUCUAAAUUGUUUAAGUGCACAAAACGCGUAGAGUUCUCAAUUUUGGUUUGGUUUUUGUUUCGAAAAAGUUCAAGUUUAAUCAGAAGUUUUCAAGGGGGGGUCCCUUGUGAGUUCAUCUUGCUUUUUUUUGAAACUUUCUUAAAAUUGGCCAAAACACUUCUUGAUGUACUUAAACUAGAUUUUGAAAGUCUUAACCUGCAAGAAUUCCUAUUUUCCGAGAAACGAGGGCUCAAAGCCCGAAAAUGGCCCAUUUUGAGGGUUUUCUUCGACUUCCGGGUGCUCUUUUUCGAAAAACAGAAAUUUUUGAAGAUUAUGACUUUCAGGUUCUUCUUCUAGUACAUCAAGGAGUUUUCAGGCCAACUUUCGGGGAAAUCCCGAGUUUAAGGUAGAAUGACCUUCCGUGUGGGGCUGGCCCGGGCUGAGAAAAUGGCGUUUUUCACUUUACUGUUCUAGGAUUUCUUCAAAUUACAAACUUCUUCGGUAGACAUAAUUCGAGCAACUAACACGACAUUUCCAAAAGUUCACAACUCUUCUGAAAAAUGGUUUUCAGAGACGUCCCCUUGCCGUCCGGAUAUGAGCCUCAUCACGCGAAUUUAUACAUAAAAUACACGUUUCCCUACCCGACUGAGACGCCGCAAACCGGAAAAACGAAAUACGUGGCCGACACGACGAGUCCUGGUCCGUUUUUUUUUGGGGAGGGGGGGUGUUCUGUUUUCGCGUGUCUGCGUCUCUCUGUUCCCUCACCGGCGAGGUCAGAGAAACAUGGAAAUAGCACGUUAACAUGAGAGAGACGUCGAGAGAUAAGGAGAGCGCAGAGAAAGAGGAAAGAGUGUUUUCGCGUGUCUGCGUCUCUCUGUUCCCUCACCGGCAAGGUCAGAGAAACAUGGAAAUAGCACGUAAACAUGAGAGAGACGUCGAGAGAUAAGGAGGGCCCAGAGAAGUCCCGUCAAGUGGCGAAAAACGGACUAUAUUACGAUGAAAAUAAGUUAUUCUCAUGAAGUUUUAUAGAAUUUAUCGAAAUGUGUACAAAGCUGUAGAUGAAGCCUGUUAAAAAAGUUUCGAACCAUUUUUGGGAACUUUUCGAAAUAGUAAAAGCUCGCUGUUUAGGAUACCUUGAACAUUUUAGAGUCUUUGAAAAAUCAUAUCUUGACUUAGAAUUAAUUUCAGAAGUAAAUAGAACUGGCCAGACACGUAAAAUUUGAUUUUUAGGUUAGUUUGAGAGUUUUGGAGUUUUUGAAAAAUCAUAUCUCUUUUCAGAGUUGAUUUUAAAAGCGAUAUGGUUUGUCGAAACCUCAAAAGCUUGAUUUUCAGAUAUCCUCAGAAGUUUCAAAGUUUUUGAAAAAUUUCUUGAUUCAGGAAAAAAUUUAAAAAAUCACUGCGAUCGAUUUUUUGUAGUCUGGUUUGGCUUGAAAUCCUAAGAAGAGCUUGAUUGAAUUUUUCAUUUUUUAAGCGCCUAUAACUUUGUUCACAGAUCUUCUUGGACAUUUUUGAGCGCAGAUUUGAAAUCAGCGUCGAAAAAUUCAUCUAGACGAAGAUUCAGUAGAAAUCCGCUUAGAAAAAGCUGAAAAAUGUUUUAUCUAAAAAAUGGAAUGACUUAUUUUAGUUUUCAGUUUUCACGGCUCUAUUUAGUAAUAAUCAAAGUUCUAGUUUCUGACUAUUAUCCGGGAUUACUAUCGUCCAACAAGGUGUUGGGUAUUCUCCGUAGAGCACGGUUGCACAAGAGGACGAGGCUCAAUUUUCCUGACGAAUUUUCGAUUUUCAGUUCUUGUUGUUCAAGCUACAUUCAUCAUCAGUUUGUUAUUAUGAAAAAGGGUUUUUCGAAAAUUACCAGAUCUUCUGAUUUAUUGAACAGUUGGCAUUGAAUAAUGUUUUUUUAUCUCUUUCAAAUAAUCCCCCUUGCCUUUUUCAGCCUUCAAUGAAAGCGUAAUGUUGCAAAUCGGGAGCGGAAAAUCCCGAAAUAGCAAACUUUUGCGAGCCUUCAAACGUGGAACUGUGAAAUUCGAGGUUUGAAUCCCUGAAAGAAAAAACUUCCAGUGCUUCAGGUCUUCCAAAAAGGAGGAUUUAUGAGAAGUGACAAGCUUCUCGGGACGGCUGAGUGGAAAAUUGACGCCCUUGAGUCGGCUGCAGAGCUAGAGGAGUCUUUGCCCUUGAAGGUAUGAAAAAACAAUUUGAAAAAUUAUUUUUAUGCUUGGUUUUGAGUUAAAAUUGCUUUAAACUCUCAAAAUCAGUGAUAAAAAACUGAAAAAGGGGGAAAAAAAAAGCGAAAACCAGAAAUUGUUGUCCAUAGAGCAACUUUGCUGCAAGACGCCCUUUUGGCGCUCACUUUUUAGCAAGGCUUGAAAAGUUCUGAUUUGUCUGCGCUCUCCUCUCUCCCACGUGCUUUUUUCACAUUUCUAUGACCUCGCUGGUGAGAGAGAAGAGGGCGCAGACAGGUCAGACAGUUUCAAAUUUUGGCCAAUAAUUCACAUGAGAACUACAAUGAAAAACGAUUUUCCAUUUUAUUUCAAAAUAGACUCGUUUCUAAAGCCUUCGGUCGCAUUUGGAAUGGCUCGCGGAGCGGAUGCGAAGCGGUUGAAUUAUUAAAAAAAUGACUUGAAUGACUUGAAAUCGAUUUCGCUGUAGAUUACAGCACCCAAAGCCAUUCCAAAUGCGACCAUGAAUUUUUCUUGAGAUUAAAGUCACGUUAUCACUUAAGAGGUCCCUCAAAAACCACUUGGAGAAAACUCUUAAGUGAUCACUAAGGCCGCCUCCAUAGAUAAAAGCCAGUAUUUUGAGUCCAAGUGGCCACUAUAGUAGCUUUAAUGCUCUAGUAGUGCCACUUACACUUCUACAAGGCCAUUAAUUCGACUACUAUAGUGGCCACUUAAACGUCAAAACCCCUAAAGUGCCCCCGUCGAAUUUCAGGAAGGAAGAAAAGCGGUCGGUGGACUGGUCUCGGCACGAUUGCGAAUCCGGGAGCCGAUUGGUGACGCCAAGGCGCAGAGCCUACCUCAAAAAUGGCUCAUUCUUGAUGAUUAA